AUGCGCUUGGUCGAUCUUCCUGCUGUUGGCAAUCAUUUUACUUGGUUAAAUAGCAGCAGAUGUUGUCGUAGUAGAUUAGACAGAUUCCUAUUGUCGGAUAGUUUAAUUGAUAAAUGGAGAAUUAAUGCUCAAUAUGUUAGGGAUAAAGACGUCUCUGAUCAUAGGCCUGUAUGGAUCAAAGCUAGUCAUGUUAGCUGGGGGCCCAACCAUUCAAAGUCUUUAGCUGCUGGUACAAACAUCCACAAUUUCACGACUUCGUCAAGUCUGUUUGGGAUUCUUCUGCUAUUGGUGGUGAUGCAGCAAAUGUGUUGUCAGUAA